UCGCUUCUCUGAUCAUCCACGCGGAUUCAAAACCCUAAUAUGUUUGUUUGAUCGGAUUCUAUGCCAGUAAUCUCCGGACUGUAAUUUGUUUUUGUUAUUGUUUGCCUGCCGGGAAAUAAGGAGGAGGCAAGGAAUACAAUCGGCUUUUAACAUUCUUUGCUUCCGUCAGCUAUGGAGCAAGAAAAUAACAAAAAUGAAGCUGACACUACUGCAGACUUGGCAAGAUCAGAACCAUCUGAAAAGAAAAGCUCAAAUUUAUCGAAGGCCAAAACUGAUGUUGCCAAGAAGUUCCUGAAGAAAAGAAAAGCAAAUAAUACUUCUGAGGUCCAGGAAAAGGAAAAAGAAGAAAAGUGUGAGCAUAUCAGAAGGCAGUAAAGCAAUCGAAAAUGAUGUGAUGAAGUUAAAUUCAACGGAAGAAAACCAGCAAAAGGAUGCUACCACGAGUGUGGAGCACGUAGAAAACAACCAGCAGAUCCAAAAGAAUGAUGAAAAUACAAGUGCAUCAGAUAGCAAGGAAAAGGUUACAAAAUCAAAUUACACUCCCAACAAACGAAGAAGUGGCGAGGAACCUGGCCUUUCAAACAAAAAAUCGAAGAAUGAAGAAAAGCGAGAGGGUAAUAAAGGAGGGAAGCGAAAUGAACAUAAGGAAAAGGAAAGUAUUUCAAUGAAGAAUAACACAAGUGACGACAAGCGAGAUGGUAAGGGAACACAAGAAGAACCUAAAAAGAAAGAAAAGAUUGAUGGUCUAAUAUUUAUGUGCAAUGCAAAGACCAAGCCAGAUUGUUUCCGAUAUCAUGUAAUGGGGGUAUCAGGUGGCAAAAAAGAUCUUGUUCUGGGCAUUAGGCCGGGGAUUAAGCUUUUUCUCUAUGAUUAUGAUCUCAAGCUUUUGUAUGGGAUUUAUAAGGCAUCCUCAUCUGGUGCCAUGAAGCUUGAACCGAAGGCUUUUGGUGGGGCUUUCCCUGCUCAGGUGCGUUUCAGUGUACAUGCUGAUUGUUUUCCUCUGCCAGAGAGCAUUUUCAAGAAAGCAAUCAAGGAAAAUUAUGAUGAAAAUAACAAAUUCAAAACUGAACUUACUGCUAGACAAGUUCGGAACCUCACAGAACUUUUUCGACCAGUUCCAGUUCAAUCAACUGCACCAGCUUUUCAUUCCUCAUCAAGGGUGGCAGCUCACAUGAUCGAGCGAUCUGAAAAAAGGGAGGCUCAUGAUCGACCAAGGGAAGCAAGGCUUCCGUCACACAGGGAAGCUUCUCUUAGAGAUUAUGCAUCUCAUGAAAGGGUUCAGCGAAUUGCACAUCGAGAGUUGGCAUCUACUAAGAGGGAGAAUGGUCAUCGCGAUUUAUACCUUAGUGAGAAGGAAUACAGGGCUUAUGGUCUUCUGGGAGAGAGAAGAAACUUGAGCCCUCAGCAUCAUAUCGCUCCUACAUUAACAUCUUACCUGGGAGAUCACAGAGAGCCACCUUUGCGACGACCAGAUACAGUAUACAGGGAACCUGUGCCUUCCCAGAGAGACACAAUUCGCUCUGAACCGCUUUACUUGACUGAGAGAGAAUAUCAGACGUAUGAUUUAGGUGCUACACGAGCAAUGCAUCCAACAGUUUCUGCAGCAACUGCAAAUACAUCUGUAGCUGGUGCUUCCAUCUUGGACCCCUAUAUUACAGAUCCAUAUUAUAGCCGUUAUUCUGGUGAUGCAUUGGUGGAUGCUUAUCUACCACGUCCGAGAGAGGCUCGACUGACUGAAACAGAUCUUUUGAGGAGAAGAGAAAGCAACCAAGCAGAUAGAUUAUACGCCGCACAUCCUUCUGACAUUUUAGUAGAUCAUAGCCAGAUGUAUCGUCAUCGAGACGGUAAGCCUGCUGCUGCUUCUACGUCAGUUUCGUCCCGGUAUUCUUUUGGUGGUCCAUCAUUGUCUUAUCGCUGAGAGUCAUCGGUCACAUAUCGCUAACUCAAGACAUGCUCUUUCGAAAUUAAUGAUAUAUUUUCCUAUUGUCUGCAUGCAUGCUGUUGAACUAAAAUAAGCUACUCUGUUAAAUGGUUUAUCAUGCAUGAUUAGGAUAUAGCAAUUUGCAAGUCAGUACUUUCGGAAGCUAUCUGAUUGUGGUUGGAUAUCUCGUCGGAACCUUUUUGCCAACCUAUGUAAUCGGCCUUUUUGCUAAUACACUGUUUUGGCCG